GUGUGGGUUUGAUGUUUAAAAAGAAGAGGGGUUGUCCGAGUUCCUCUCCAUUGGCUUAUUCAAAUCAAACUAUAGAAUCUCCCCUCCCACAAAAGAGGACAAAAACAAAAACAAAAACAAAACAAAAAGUCCCAUCUCUCUUGCCUCCAUCAACCAAACACAAUGGCGAACGCGGCGUCGGGAAUGGCGGUGGAAGAUGAAUGUAAGCUCAAGUUUUUGGAGCUAAAAUCGAAAAGAAACUAUAGGUUCAUAAUAUUCAGGAUAGACGGACAACAAGUGGUGGUGGAAAAGCUGGGAAGUCCCGAGGAGAACUACGACGAUUUCUCCAAUUCCCUACCUGCCAAUGAGUGUCGCUAUGCUGUCUUUGACUUUGACUUCACCACUGCUGAGAAUUGCCAGAAGAGCAAGAUCUUCUUCAUAGCAUGGUCACCGGAUUCAUCGAGGGUGAGGAUGAAGAUGGUGUAUGCGAGUUCAAAAGACAGGUUCAAGAGAGAAUUGGAUGGGAUUCAAGUGGAGUUACAGGCCACGGACCCGAGUGAGAUGAGUUUCGACAUCAUCAAAAGCCGAGCUCUAUAGGUUCAUUUAUGCCUGAUUUCUUAUAAUAUAUCCAUCCAUAAAUGAUCCAUCAUCAUCAUUUAAAUUAAAGAACUUCUCCAUGAAAUGUAGUAAUUUU